GUCAUAGGCGCCAUCUUAGAAACAGGCUGGCGGUGGGGGGAGGGAGAGAGAGAGAGAGAGAGAGAGAAAAACCCAGGUACAGCGAAAGGCAUUGUGGGAAGCGAGAAGAAUGUCGUCAUGGUGAACGCUCGCUGCUGAGGAUUGUGGGAUAGAGGCAGUGCCAUGGCCGUGGCUGCGCUCUGCCGCCGGUUCUCGGGCAUCUUGCGGUUACCUGGAGCCGCUUCCUCCAGAUUAACCCACCAUGUUCUGCAGAAGGAGGUGGCGAAAGUGGAGCUGCUCCCUCCCUGUGCGGCAUUGCAUGUCUCGUUCCCGCUGAAAGGGCUGGAGGAAUUUUUUGAUGAUCCCAAACAUUGGGGAGAAAUAGAAAUCAAGUCUGGAGAUUCUUGGACAGUGGAACAGCUUCGAGGCAAGAGCAGUGGGGAUCUGCAUAAACUUUGGUAUGUUCUCCUCAAGGAACGGAACAUGCUCCUGACCAUGGAGCAAGAAGCUAAACGGCAGAGGCUGCCGAUGCCAAGCCCGGAACGGUUAGAGAAGGUUGAAACGUCUAUGGAGAGGAUGGACCAGGUCAUUAAGGAAAGGGAAGACGCUUUGCGGCUCUUGCAGACGGGCCAGGAGAAAGAGUGGCCAGGCGAAUGGAGAUACGACUUCUUGGGACGCGUCCUUUGGUACACUUUCAAAGAAUGGCCAAUACCCUGGCACCUGAACAGAAAGCACAACAGGAAGCGAUUCUACUUUCUGAAAAACGUCGAGCAUUUUAAUAGGCUCCGCCUUGAAAAAUAUUUGCGUGAGCAAUGCAAGAAGAGACGCCGGGAGAGAGAAACACAGAAGAAGCUCCUGAAGAAAUUCCCUCAUCUUGCCGAAAAGUCUCAGAGUUAACGUGGAGUUGAAAACGUUCCGGGUUGGGGAAGACUAAAUGGUGUGACAGUCUCCCUGAGCUGCAGUGUGAUACAAAUACUAGUUCCAAGAACUGAUUGUAAAUGGACAAAUACUCUGAUUCCAGUAACACCCUCAGUGGGUUUUUUUUUUCUUACCAAAAUAAAGUUGUUCCAUUGCC